CGCUAAACAACUUUGUGACAUUGUGUUUUUGCAUAUCAGUGUGAUAUUAGUUUCGGUGGUCAACAUCAAAUCAUGUGAAAAAUGGCGUCGGGUGGAAACAAACCCUGUAGUUCUACUUCGACGGCAAUAACCGGCACAUCAUUGGGGCGCUACUAGCCGCUUUGUUCCGUCAAAGGCAUGGAGAAAGGAAGAGAGGAACGAGACCCACGGAGGAUGAUGUUCCAGUUCCUCCGCCACGCACCGCCCUCGCAGGGCCAGGUUGACAAGGAUGGGUGGGUAGGUGGUCGUGCCCCCAGCUCGAACUCUGCUAGAUGUCCGGGCUCAUCUUCAUCGUCCCAGGACGUCGUCGUACGUUGUCCGCGUUGGGAAAUUUUUACACAACACACUCCUCCAUCAGUGCUAUCUUCAGCUAGAGCUACACACGGCGACGAGAACAGAAGCGGCAGUACCAGUAGAAGCAGCAGGUCAAAUUCUACUGGCAGGAUAAAUGAAAAUGGCACGACGGUGGAGCAGGAGGUAGCCCACUUGUCAUUGACCGCUAGUACAAGCAGCGGGAGUGGUGCCGUAUUUGCUUCUCGAGCCUCAUCUCGCCGUCGAGGAACAACAAAAUCUUCCUCCGGAUCGUCAAGCAGCUUAGCCCUCGCAACUACAAAACUCUUGCGGUUUCUGCUAUUCGGCCCCUUGUUGACCACAGUUACAGUAGCUGCGACACGAAACGUGCUUGCAUUGGGGAAAGGGAAACUAGGCACAAAAACCAAAGUGCCUUCCCCCACACAUCAGAAGCACACCCACCUUCACCUGCAUCAAAAUAGUAGGCACAGAGGACACGACCGCCAAAGUGGGGGCAGCUCGACGAUGACUGUGGCAGCAUCUCCUAGUACUACCUCGGAGGCCACGACAGCAUCUCUUCUCCAGCGGAGAAAGCAUGGGGCAGCAAAUAAGAAAGAAUCCGAGCACAAACAGCAUCAGCAGAAGAUGCAGCACUCUGCAGAAAAUCAACAACAUCUAACUUCGCAGAAAAUCCACCUGCAAUUAACCUCCGAAGCCGAGCUGACCCAAGCAGAAGAGGAACGCGCGGCGAUUAUGCGCGAGCACCAGGUCAGGCAGCACAAGAAGGAGCAUAGAAGUAGUUCUUAUGGCGGCGCAGCCGGUGGGAGUAAAAACCAGAACAGGAAGAAGAGGAAGAGUGAGAUGAAAACAUCUCCAACAUCAAAAGCGCUUCAAGGAACAGAAACGGAGAGGACAAACGAUAAAGUAGCAGAAGCGGAGGCUGGUUCAACCUCUAAGAAGAAUUCCCAUGAGCAGCUGGAGAUGCAGAAGCGGCAGGAGCGCCAAAAGCAGAGAAGACAAAAGCAGGAGGACGCGAAAAGAGAAAUGCUGCAGAAGAUGGGGAUUACCACUUCUACCACUAGCAUGACCGGCGAGCAAGGCAAGAGCGCGGCCGUUCUCGCGGAAAAGCUUGAAGGGGCAACUGCAUCCUCUGAAACACACUUUGCAACUUCUACCUCAGAGACAUCGGCGUCGCACCAAGAAAGUGAAGAAUCCAAAAAGGCACUAGUACAAAAUAAAUCACCCACACAAGUCGUCCUAGCGGAGGCAUCGCGAAUGAGUCUGGAAACUGCGGUGCAGCAAAAUCAGCAGCUACAGCGAGAGUUCAAGUCCUUCAAACGAGUUAAAGCACAAAUCAAAAAACAAAAUAGCAGGAAAACCAGCGGUUCGACCGGCGUGGCUCACCCGCACAUCAAUAUGUGCAUGACGCUCGUCACCCUCGCCUUCGGUUGUUUCACCUGCGGGAAUGACAACGUGCACAAUUCGAUCGCGAAACUGGACCCGGAGUGCGUGUUAGAAACCUUGAAACUGGGGUUGAUCGGCGAGGUGCCAGAGGCGGGGGGAGUAGUUCCGGACUACUUCGACACCAUCCAAACCGCGAAGAAAAAGUACCGCUACGCGGUGCAGUUUCGAACGAGGUUACCCUACCAGGACGCGCUGUUGGCGUUUUACCUGAACAUCGAUCCGUAUGGGUGUGUCAGGAUUGAAAUCGACAAAGUUGAAAUAAUCUGUGAUGCAUAAAAUGCAAGGCACGACGUGACUGUCUUGCAGGGAUUGCACGUGAGGCCGAAGAUUGUGACGAGCCUGUCUCGGGUUUGGAAUAGAGCUGCUAAAGUAGCAUGACAAAGGAUGCCUCCUUUCGCUCAACAGCAUGACAAACUGGAUUUCAGUAACGUCGAAAUUUGUCGUGCGCCGCUAGGAAAUUGGGCUUCCAACUGGUAUCGGUUUUAUGCAUCACAAAUUUUUCACGUUUGUCAUUGUCGAUUUCAAUCCUGACGCUUCCAUAGUCCGUUUUUCCCGAAGGACUCGCAGUUCACCAACUACCCGGUGAUUGACAACCGAUUUCUGUACAAGCCCGCGAUUUUCCCGCACAACCACAGGCAACUGACGUUUAUCCAAGAAAAAAACUGUGUAAGUGUAAAUUUGUAUUGCAGAAAAUGCAAAACUGUUACACUUGUCAUGCCGGACAUGCAUCAGAGGCAAUUUUCGUGCGUGUUUUCACGUUCUAGCUACACAUCAUGACAGGUUUUCUGUGUCAUGCAGGGCAAACUUGUGAUGCUAUUCCUCCAAGAAGCUUACACUUACAGAGUUUUUUUCCUGGAUAACGUUGUCUGCGAUGUCCAUGGAAAUUUUGUCUCGGGUUUUGACCGAACGCGGCGGGGAUUACAAGGACAUCCAUAACAACAACAUCCGGACGGAUUACACCAACCCGGAAAAGACCAGCAACGUGAGCACCGCCGCGUUUCAGCGCGCGGACCGGAGAGAUUUGAACGUUACUUACACGUUGGUCAACGGGGUCCCAACGCGGAGCUGGCGGUCCCGCGUCGCCACGGUGGACAUUUUGUCGCAGAAUUCUUUUGAAUUCGAAGUUUUGCCGGUGUUGGUGCAAGGGGAUCCAACCGACCCGAACCAGCAGGAUGGCGCCAAGCCUCUGUUAGUCGAGCACCCGCACCGGGCGAAGGUGGCCGGCACGGCGGUCACGGCCGCGCCGAUCGAUGAGAAAUUAGCGUACGAGACCACGAUAUCAAAUGCAAAAACGUCUGGGUCUGGAAUAUUGCCGGGUUUGCAUGGCCGAGAAUGUCUGUAAUGCACGACCUAGCAUCACAGAUUUUUUUUUUAGAGGGUUUCCUGAUGCCUAUUCCGCAUGACAAAUGCCCUCCCCGCGUAGCUUCAACUAGACUCCUCUCGCUGAUCAAGCAAUACAGAUUUUUUUAGAGUCCAAAGUUAGCAUCACAAGCUUCAACCUUCCAGACCGAGACACUUUUGCAUUUGAUGCACGAAGAUAGUCCCGAUUGACACGGUGACAAACUGGAAUGCGGCGAUUUUAGACUACCUUGAACUGGCAACCCCGAUCAACAAGCAGCAAGAAUACAGUUACAACACGCUUAGGAAGCAGUUUUCCUUCUACCCCGCUGCGCAGCACAGCAAAAUGAUGCACGCGCUGCACGAGAACUACCACCGCAGGCUGGAGAUCCAGCGGGAGCGGCUGUACAAUUUCCACCAGUACAACGUCUCAAUUAACGCAAGUACCGUCCGCUCCUACUUUGACGUGACCAACGCCACGACGUUGAACGACACUUCCCUCGCGGCGAAGCAAAAUCGCGGGAUGCAGUACCUGUACAAGUUCCACGAGGGGUAUGGAACUGUCAGGAUCGAAAUCGACAAAGUUGAAAUGAUUUGCCAUGCAUAAAAUACAAGGCACGAAGUGCCUGUCUUGCCGGGAUGGCAAGUGAGGCAGAUUCAUUGUGACCCUAUUCAGGGUUUGGGAUAGAGCUGCUAAAGGAACAUGACAAAAGCAGUCUUCUGUGCCCAAACAGCAUGACAAAUUGGAUUCCGAUGCUCCAAAAAUUUCUCAUGCGCCGCUUGAAAAUUGGGCUUCCAACUGGUAUUCAUUUUAUGCAUGGCAAAUCAUUUCAACUUUGUCGAUUUCAAUCCUGACGCUUCCAUAAGGGGUCCGGGUGGGCCGCGGAUCCGGUGUUUCAAAAUCCGGACAACCCCUUUGCGGGGUGGGACAGCGAAAUCGAGAAGAAAAAAGAACGUUUGGAAACCUGCUGGGGGAAAUGGUGGGCGGACAGCAGUUAUGCAUUGCAAAAGCAUCGUACUAGUAUGAAUUGCAUUACAAAUUGACUUAGCAUUGCAAAUUGAACUUGUAAUGCAUGAAUGCAAUCACAAUCACUCAAAACGAGUACGAUGCUUUUGCUGUGGACAGCAGCUACAAGUACGACGGCACAAACUUCACGAAGCACGACAUCAUGAUGAUCCAGCCGUCGACCCAGAAAUUGAUCCCGACGAAGAUCACUUUGGGGAAUCAAUUCGGAACCGAGUUGUUAAAAACGACCGAUGAACACCCCGAGCUAAUGACGAGCAACGUUUCCUACAAAAUCUGCGACCUCUCCACGAACCCGGGCUGCGGCCGGGCGGGGGCGUUUUAUCUCGAUCCGAGCGGUGCGCCGUUUGACUACACAGAUGGGAACACUUUUGCCUAUUACGUGGACAAGAUUUUACGCAUCGGAUUGCCGGCGUCGGUCACGAGGAUUACGGAGGAGGAGGAUUCGGCGGAGUCGGGGCAUUUUCACGACGAUACGGUCAUCGACAUGAACAAGUACAAGAACCAAGCUGGCGAGUUCAACGACCUGCGCUACAAAAAACUGAAUCACCACGUGUACGACGACUAUUUUGACGAUACGAAGCCGUAGAGACAGGAUAGCGUUGGGAAAAGAACAUGAGGGUAAUUUUGGGCGGUUGAUGCAGGAACGGUUUUUCUCCACUUGCUUCAUCUACAACCCUGCAAAUUCUAUGGCGUUGUUUGAAAAUGAAAGGAUGAGAAAGGGGGCGCGGUAAGGUAGUGGAUAGAAAAAUUUUAUGCACAUUAUGAGUCGGGAAUGCACAUGUAUAGACGAAAAGGAAUUUUAUCGAUGGACUUUUUUCAAUUUACAUGAUGGUAAUGAGAUGCGGUUUUUGAUGACCUGCAACAAAAAGACAAAGGUUAAGGUUUAGCAUAGCUGAAGAGCAUCCGAAGUUCCGAGAACACCUCUAGGGAGCACGUUCUAUCGGACCAUAAUGGGUAUUAUUAACACAAGAAAACUUAAACUGAUAGCAACUGAAUCAACUUUUAAGAAUUUUACCUUGAGAAUACAAACAACACUCUUUUACUGUCCGGUAAAGAAAGAGGAAAGUCGCCCCAUGAUGCGGCUCGCGGAUUGUAUAAAAUCGAAACAUUUCAACAUGGGAAUCAACCAAACAACAUGCUGCAAUAAUUAUCGCGAAAAAGGUAGGUGAGUCCUCGCGGGUAAUGCAUUCCCUAUUGCCGCGACAGCACCCACAUAUGGGCGGCGCUAUUGGUGAC